AUGGAGGAUGCUGGCAAGGACGCCACCAGAUUCACUGCCCAUUCUCUGCCCAGUGACCCCCGGCUCUUGGCCACCGUGACCAAUGCUUACUUGGGCACACGCGUGUAUCAUGAGACACUGCAUGUGAGCGGCGUGUACAAUGGGGCUUGGGGGGAUACGCACCGGGCCAUUCUGCCCAGUCCCCUCAAUGUCCAGCUGGAGGCCCCUGCAGGAUCAGGAGAGCAGCUGACCAAGACCUUUGUCCUGGACACUAACACAGGCUCCUUCCUGCACACCCUGGAGGGCCCCAGCUUCCGGGCCUCGCAGCGCAUCUAUGCCCAUCGCACGCUGCCUCACGUCCUGGCCUUCAGUGUGUCGAUCACCCGCUUGGCCACAGGGAGCUGGCCCGUCACUGUGCUGCUGCAGUCAGACUUCUCCCCGGAAAGCCCGGACUUGGACCUGCAUCUGGGUCCUGACUUCCAGGGAGCCCGGUACCUGUACGGCCACACACUCACCCCUGAGCAGCCUGGGGGGGCACAGCAGGAGGUGCACAUGCUGUGGACGCCGGUGCCCCCAGCCUUGACCCUUGGGGAAGGGGAGGAGGAUGGGACGUGGGAGUUCCUGACGGUGGUGGGUGGCAGCCAGGCCGAAGCCCAGGCCUGCCUCGCCGAUGCCCUGCAGCUGCAGGCCAGGCGCACUCUCUACGUGGCCCAUGCACAGGCCUGGGCCCAGCUCUGGGCAGGCUGUGGCCUGGAUGUGGAGGGGCCCCUGCGUCUGCGCCAGGCCUUGCGUGGAGCUCUCUACUACCUGCUCAGUGCCCUGCCCCAGGCCGGGGCCCCAGGAUACGUCUGCCACGGCCUCAGCCCAGGGGGCCUCUCCAACGGGAGCCGUGAGGAAUGCUACUGGGGCCACGUCUUCUGGGACCAGGACCUCUGGAUGUUCCCCAGUAUCCUGAUGUUCCACCCAGAGGCCGCCAGGGCUCUCCUGCAGUACCGCAUCCGGACGCUCGGUGGGGCCCUGUACAACGCCCAGAACCUAGGCUACCAGGGAGCCAAGUUUGCCUGGGAGAGCGCGGGCUCCGGCCUGGAGGUCUGCCCUGAGGCCGUUUAUGGGACCCAGGAGAUCCACAUCAACGGGGCCGUGGUGCUGGCCUUCCGGCUGUACUACCACACCACCCAGGACCUGCAGCUGUUCCGAGAGGCUGGGGGCUGGGAUGUGGUCAGUGCCGUGGCUGAGUUUUGGUGCAGCCGCGUGGAGUGGAGCCCUGAGGAGGAGGGGUUCCACCUGAGGGGAGUCAUGCCCCCUGACGAAUACCACGCAGGGGUCGACAACUCCGUGUACACCAACGUCCUGGUCCAGAACAGCCUGCGCUUUGCUGCUGCCCUGGCCCAGGACCUGGGUCAGCCCGUCCCCAACCAGUGGCUGGUGGUGGCUGAUAAGAUCAAGGUGCCCUUUGACCCGAAACUGAAUUUCCACCCUGAGUUUGAUGGGUACCAGCCUGGAGAGGAGGUGAAGCAGGCAGAUGUUGUGCUCCUGGGGUACCCCAUCCCCUUCCCCCUGAGUCCUCAAGUUCGCAGGCAAAACCUGGAGAUGUAUGAGGCUGUGACGUCCCCCCAGGGCCCUGCCAUGACCUGGAGCAUGUUUGCAGUGGGCUGGAUGGAGCUGAAGGACCCCGGGCGGGCGUGGGACCUUCUGCAGAGGAGCUUCGCCAACGUCACAGAGCCCUUCAAGGUGUGGACGGAGAACGCAGACAGGUCGGGUGCCGUGAACUUCCUGACAGGCAUGGGGGGCUUCCUGCAGGCGGUGCUCUUUGGGGUCACGGGAUUCAGGAUCACUGAGGCCGGUUUGACCUUCGACCCCAUGUGUCCAGCGGGGAUCUCCGGAGUGUGCGUCUCUGGCAUCUCCUACCAGGGGAGCAAGCUUGACUUUUCCUUCUCCGAGGGUUCUGUGACAGUUGAGGUCACUGCCCGAGCAGGGCCCUGGGCCCCCCCGCUGGAGGCUGAGCUGUGGCCAUCACAGAAUCGGCUCCCCCUGUCCCCAGGACACAAGGUCUCGUUUCCCUGCUCAGCUGGCCGGAUACAGAGGUCACACCUGUAGGAAGCAGGGGCAGCAAAUUCUCUCCAAGAGUUUCCUGGGAGGAUUUUUUGAAGACAUGAAACAUCUGCGCAGAGCCCACGGGACCCCCUCUGGGACACCCUUGGGCCCUCCAGCCCCACCGAGUCCCCCCCGCCCCCCACCCAGUCCUGGCCACUCCCUCUGCGGCAACUGGGCAAGGGCUGGACAAUGUCUGCUCCCCUCACCAACUGUGGAGACCAGAAGACCAUGCCCUGCUUGGAGACAUGUACCCGGCUACACACAGGCUGA